AAACAAAAGCAUAAGGAUUUUAAGUCUUUACUGAAAGAGACUUGUAUGGGAUACAAUAGAGUGACUGGAGAAGUUAGUGCGACAGAUGAAGUUUGGGAUAAACUUAUUCGGGUUAACAAGUCUGCUAAAAGAUUUAGAAAGAAAGGUUGUAAGUUUUAUGAGAAAUUAUGCACUAUCUUUGGUGAUACUAUUACAACUGGUUCCAAUGCUCAUCCUUCAACUCGAAGUCCUUCUAAUGAUGGAGAUAAUAAUGAUGAUGAUGCAACGUCGAUAAGUCCUUCUACUAGGAAUGAAAAAAGUGGUUUUGAUGAGGAUGGUAGCAAAAGAAGAGGUAAAUCAACAGCCACUUCGAACUCUCGAUCAGUAAAAAGAGCAAAGUUCUCAUCAGCUUUGGCAGAUGCACUGGCAACAUAUAAUGAAACUGCAAAGCGAAAGACAAAAUUGAUAGAGAGAUCAAUGGCAACAUCUGCAUCACAUUACUUAUUGGAUGAGAGUGUUGAAGCUCUUAAUCAAAUUGAUGGAAUUAGUGGAGAAGUAUACGCAAAAACUAUUGAGAAGUUUGAGAACGAGGUGUCCAGAUCAUUGAUUCUAAAGAUGCCAGAGCAUAGAAGAAUAGAUUGGUUGCUGAAUUUGAAGUGAAAAAGUUUAGACUUUGUUUAGCUAUGAACAAGAUGACUUUAUUUAGCUAUUAACUUUAGUUUUGUUUAGCUAUUGACUGGAUGAGUUUGUUAAGCUAUUGACUGGAUGACUUUAUUAGCUAUUGACUGUAUGACUUUGUUUAGCUA